AUGUUAAGACGUGCAGAUCAAGCUAGUGGUGGAAGUGAUUUUUAUUUGCGUUUAAAGAAAGGCAGUGAUUUGACUAAUGUUAGUCCUGAAGAACAAUUGGUUUACUCAAUCGUUGAAGAAGCAAAGAGAAUGGGUGUUUGGAUUAGAGAUAUUCGUGAACGAUCUGGUCUGAACGAUUUACAAAUGCGACGUGUACUAAAAGCACUUGAACAACGAAAGUUGAUUCGAUCUAUUAAAGCAGCAGGGACAACUAGAAAAACUUAUAUUCUUUAUGGUCUCGAGGCAGACGAAUCCUUAACUGGUGGUACAUUUUAUUCUGAUCAACAAUUGGACUCUGAAUUUGUCCAAACACUUAUUCAUGUUUGUACUAAUUGGCUAUUGCAACGAGCUCGGCAGGCCGAAGAAUUACAUCGUUCAGAUCCAGUUGCACAACGUGAAGCAUCUUUUGUUUUAUCAGAAGAAGUAAUUUUUUAA